CAAAAGAAAAGGGUAAUCAAAUUAAUUCUAAUCUAAUUCUCAUGUAAAGUAUUAAAGAUCAUCGGAGAAGUUGAGAUUCAAUCUAAUAAACAAGUUUAAUCGUAUUUGAUCGAGGCCAGGCGGUGGUCAGUCGCUAUCGGAUUUCGUACCUGGUGAACGUCUGUCCUUUUUUACGUAUUGAUAUCCGGAGGCACGAUCUUAUUACGGAGGACUCGUACUUCGCAGUCGCGUUGGAAUCUUGUUACAAGAGGAUGGAGCGGUGGACUGGUAAGGUAGCCGUGAUUACUGGAGCCAGUGCUGGGAUCGGCGCAGCGGUUGCGCGGAGUCUCCUUAAACAUGGUAUGAUAGUGGCGGGCUUUGCGAGGAGAGCGGAGAAAAUCAAGGAAAUUGCCGACAGUUUAGAGGAUUCUCCAGGAAAGCUCCAUCCUGUGGAAUGUGACGUCACCAAGGAGGAAAGCGUACUCGCGGCUUUUGCGUGGGUGAAGGAGAAUCUUGGACCGAUAAGCGUUCUCGUGAAUAGCGCUGGAAUUACCAAGGAAUCCUCGCUCAUAGACGGCACUUUAGAGGACUGGCAGUCUGUAUUCGACGUGAAUGUCCUGGGACUCUGUCUUUGCACACGCGAAGCUGUUCGCGUGAUGCGUGAGACGGCUGAAGACGCCGUUGUGAUUCACGUGAAUAGUCUGGCCGCCGAGAGAAUACCGUUUAUACCAGGAUUCAGCGUGUAUCCGGCGUCAAAGCGCGCCGUCACCGGCCUCGCUCAAACCCUGCGACACGAGCUUGCAGGCACACGUAUACGCGUCACGAAUAUUAGCCCCGGCUUGGUGGCGACGGAUUUCAUGGCGUCCUACAGCAUAUUCUCCCCGGAAGCAAUGGCGGCGACGCCGACUUUAAACGCGGAUGAUGUCGCGGCAGCGGCGAUUUACGUGCUAUCGAAUCCUCCUCACGUUUUGGUAUGCCAUCUUCUCAUUGUACAAAAUAUACAAGACGUCGUGUUGAGGCCUCUGGGUGAAUCAUGCAACAUUCGAGAACGCGUCUCAGUGAUAUCGGACGACGAUACGCGCUAUCUAGGUGUCGUGGACGGAGAUGGGCAUGCAGAAGCUCCCAGCAGCAGUGAGCGGUAUUUUCUCGUGCACAUAGUAGCAAGAACGCAGAGUCUCAACAUGACUUCUCUAUUGAACAAGAUCGUCCUCAUCACCGGCGCCAGCUCCGGCAUCGGUAAAGCGCUCGUGGAGGACUUGGUGUCGAAGGGACUCAAGGUGAUCGGCCUCGCCAGCGACUUGAACAAGCUGAAGAUACUCGCGGAAGAAUUGAAGGGCAAACCCGGCAAGCUCAUUCCUCUGCAAUGCGACUUGAGCAUUCAGAGCGAGAUCGAGACCGCGCUGGAGUGGAUCGAGAAGAACUUGGGCAGCAUAGACAUUCUGAUAAACAGCGCCAGUAUCAAUCUGGAUUGGUCCAGCAUCAACGGCGGAAUAGAGGAGCUGAAGAAGACUCUCGACAUCAAUCUGCUCGGUUUGACGCUUAUUACCAAGGGAGUUCUGCAGUUGAUGAAGAACAAGGGAUUGGACAAUGGCAUUAUCGUCAACAUCAACGACAUAAUCGGCCUGAAAUGGUUGCCUCUCGCUUCCGAUCGGCCCAUUUCCCCGGCAUACGCUUCCAGCAAGAGCGCGCUCACCGCGCUGACUGAGAGUCUUCGUUUGGAAUUGGCGCAGAACGAGUCCAACAUCAAAGUGAUCAACAUCUGCCCGGGCUUGGUGGAGACCGAGAUGACCCAGCAGUGGCUGAAGGAGAAUCCACGAUUGGCCCUGAAACCGAAGGACGUGGCGGAGGCUAUACUCUUCACGUUGCAGACUCCGGAGAACGUGCUCAUUAAGGACCUCAUUAUUACGCCCAUCCGAGAGAUUAAUUGAGCGGGCGCCGGACGAAAUCGUUGUUUACGAUGAAUAUUGUAGUACUUAUAACACACAACUUGAGUUGACAAAUUAAAUAAAGCACUUGCAUUUUUUCAAAUACU